AUGGCGUAUUCUUCAAGCAACCGCCCCGACAACGGAGCUUCGUCCUCUUACCCUCCUCCUCCACCCACUUCAUCACGUCUCUACAUCGCCAGGGAAGCCAAAGCGAUCCUCGCAGGACGUGACGCCUCAAGAAUCACCAAACUCGUCACUAAUCUCUGCUACGCGAAAGAAUCAGACGAUGCCUCGAGUCUCCUCUACAACAUCCUCAAGACACAUUUCCCGAGUCUCUUAGCCGUCAAUCUCCUUCAUGCAUACAUAUACAUUAAGACGACGUUUCCCUCUCGCUCAUGUCUUCGAUCUUAUGCCUUAGAACUCCUCACAUUCCUUCUCAUCGAUCUCGAAGAUGAUAACGUCGCGUUGACAAAAGAGGCGUUGAAGGACAUGAAAGAGCAUCUAAACGCUUGCCUUGUCCAGCAAGAAACGUCGGAUCGUGAGUUUAAGCUCCUCUCGGGGAUCAUAUCUCGUGUCUCCGUUGAUUUCUUCAUCGAAUCCACCCCAUGGGACGAGCUUUGUUCCUUCAUGGUCUCUCUCGACGACAAGAGGAUGCUAAUGAUGUUCGGGGAGUUACCAACGGUUCUUGACGAAGGUUUCUUGAAUCCGUUGUUGGAGAAUAAUCUCGGGUUCAAGAUCGUUAACGGCUUGUUUCAUCAAGAUGAUGAUGAAGAAUGGUGUGUAGCUUUGGAAGCAGGGUUUAAUCUGAUGCUGCAGCUGAUAAACUUGGAGAGGAAAGAUUUGGUUUGGGACUCGGUUUACGCGAUUGUGAGUUCGGUUUGGGAGAUGGUUAACGUGAGGAAGCGAGAUAUGGUCGUGCGUAAAGGGCUGUUGAGGUUAGUGAGGAAAGUGCGUAAUGAAGCUUUGAGGUUUCGUGGGGCUGAGUAUAAGUUUGUGUCACGUUUGGCUUUGAUGAUCAAGAGAGUCAAUGGACUUGGAGAUGAUACGAAGAUUGUUGCGAAGAUGAUUCAUGAUGUUCUUGAUAGGUAUUACAUGGGAGGUGUUGGGUUGGAUGGAGGAUUCAUUGAGAGCCAGUUUGGUCUUGACUCUUCUGCUUAAACCGAUUCUGGGAUUUAGGGUUUAUGCAUUUUUUUUUUUUUUGU